AUGCCUUCCUCAACCUAUGAUGCCACGGGCGUAGAAUACUAUGAAAUACCCUCUUUCACCUUCGUAUCUGGCGCAAGUAUCCCCAUCAAAGUCGCCUAUCGCUCUUACAACCCCUCUUCUUCCAAAGUAGUCUGCAUACCUACCUGCUAUGGCGGCAAAAUCAACACAACCCUCACCUUCAACGAAGACAACGGCGCACUCUCCUCCCACCAUGUCGUCGUCGUAGCCAUGCUCGGCAACGGCGAAUCCUCCUCUCCCUCAAACACCCCUAACUUCCCCAAGACCCUCGAUUACCGCGACUGCAUCCACGCGCAAUACGAGCUCCUCUCAAAGCACCUCGGCGUAAGCGAGUUAGACGCCGUCAUCGGUUUCUCAAUGGGCGGCCAGCAGGCAUACUACUGGGCCAGCAUGUAUCCCACCUUCGUGAAAAACGCCGUCGUGAUCUGCGGCUCCGCACGCACCAGCGGCCACAACUACGCCUUCCUCGAAGGGCCCAAAACCGCACUGCUGAACAGCGCCGACUACGCCGACGGCGCGUACAGAGCCCAAGGCAUCCGGCCCCUGCGCGGCCUCCGAGCCUUCGGACGAGCCUACUGCGCCUGGCUGACCAGCGGCGCCUGGUUCCGCGAACGGCAGUGGGAGAACGCGCUCGGGUUCGGGAGCGUGGAGGAGUACAUCGCCAACGUGAUGGAGAAGUCCUUUGAGGAAUGGGACGCCGAAGACGUGCUGAUCCUCGCGCGCAUGUGGCAGGCGGGCGAUGUCGGCACGACGCGGGACGAUGGCAGUUAUGAGAGAGCGCUGGAGGGCAUCGAGGCGCGGGUGCUGGUGAUGCCGGGUCGGACGGAUCAGUACUUCGCGGUCGCGGAUAGCGAGGUCGAGGUUGGGUUGCUGAGGAAGGGGGAACUGGCCGUGAUUGAGAGUGUGUGGGGGCAUGCGGCGGGGGGUGGGAUGAGUGAGGCCGAUACGAAGUGGAUGGAUGGGAGAAUUAGGGAGUUCCUGGCAUGA